AUGUCAAAUAUCGACGAUCGACCGGCACUUAUAAAAGAGGAUUGGCAGUGUAAUGAAGAAGAGAUUGUGGAGAUAUUGAGAGAGAAUGUUGAUCUAUUCGCCUGUAAGCUUUCAGAUAUGUAUGGGACAGACCCAAGCUUCAUGUGUCACCACUUGGCAUUGGACCCUGACACGAAGCCAAUAUCCCAGAAGAAACAGAAGGGAGGCGAAGAGAAGAGAAAAAUUGUGAAAGAAGAAGUUGGGAAGCUGUUAAACGCUGGCUUCAUCAAGGAAAUCAAGUAG